AUGGAGGCGCGUGCGUCUACGGACCAGGAAGCAGCUCCGCUGCUUGUGGGUUCCGAGAAUGGAGAUGACCACUCUGUCAAUGCUAAAUCCUCGCUAUGGGAUCGUUUUUCACGUGGCAUGCACGAACCUGUGUCCGUUUUAACCGCAUUUCUGCUCAUGCUCUGUCUUCUGCUUCUUAUCCUGGCCUCAGUCUUUGCUGGUCUUUUUGCUGGAGCUCAGCAUCGCAUCUCGGAGCUACAGCCAGGUGAGACUGUCACGGUGACCUCUGUGGUCACAGAAACAGAUUUUCCGAAAGUUACAACCCCUGGCACUACAGAGAAGAUUACUACUACGGCUACAGCUACGAUUACAGCCACCACUACUCUUGACGCACCCGUUCCUACAAAUAGCCCCCUCCCGUGUUUGACACCGGAAUGUAUUGUUGUCGCUUCUUCUAUCAUUAGCUCCCUGAAUACGUCCCACGACCCCUGCGAUAGUUUCUACAACUACGCCAAUGGUGGCUGGCUCGCAAGCCAUCCUCUGCCCAUUGACAAGCCUAUCUACGGCCAGUUUGACGAUCUUGCGACCAACAACAAACGCAUUAUUCAGUCGAUUCUGGAUCUUCCGGUCCCCAAGCAUUCCAAUUCUCCUGAUUCUAUCACCUUGUCCAAGCUGAAGGGACUGUAUGAAUCCUGCGUAAAUGAGCCACUACUGGAUAAAAUUGGUGCUCGCCCGCUAUUGGAAGUCGUUCAGACGGUCAAGAAUCUCCUCAACGAUGACCUUAAAUCACCUAUCUACAAAGGGCCCGGUCGAAAGUACUCUGUCCCGGCUCCCUCUGAAGAGGAAGAAGAGCCACGGAGGGUCACUGUCGAAGGAUUGACGGCCGCAGUUGCCUAUCUUCAUUCACGUAGCAUUGACGUCUUGUUCGGGUUCGGUAUUGACGGUGACGCCGGCUUUGAUCCGGACCUCAUGACUUUACAGUUUAGUCAAGGCGGCACUGGCCUUCCUUCCAAGGAGUAUUACGAUGACGAAGAUGUUAUCAAGGCCUACACCGAGGCUAUCAAUGCAAUCCUCCUGGCCAUUGACGAAGAGUCAUCCCCCGAGAGUGUUCAUUGGUAUACCAAGCCCGCGCAGUGGGUUGAAGGUGCUAUUUCCAAGGCAUGGGACUUGGCUACUGGAGAUGAAUCGGAGUUGGUUCCCAAGGACUCUGUCUGGCCCCCUUGGCCUUGGCCUCCAUGGAACGACCCCAAGCAUGGCGAUGAAAAACCCAAAGAGCGUGCUGAACGCCUUGCCAAGGGUGUCGUGAAAUUUGAAACUCGUCUAGCUGAAGCUGGGCUUGAUCUGGAUAUCUUGUGGGGACAGCCAUUUGAGACAUACAACCCCACCAACUUGACCGACCUUGCUGUUGCACUCACUUCAAUCGACUUCCCGAGCUAUUUCUCCACCUUCACACCUCGUGCAUUCCCCUCGCGUGUCAUCGUCUCCUACCCCGAGUACCCUUCAAAGCUUAAUGCUAUCAUUGGAUCGACCGACUAUGACAUUAUCGAGGCAUACCUAGUUGCGCGCGCUUCCCUCGAACUUGGAUCCCAUCUCGGUACCUCAACUGCGGUCUGGAAGGCCGUAAGGGGGUUACAGGAGACGCUGCAAGGUUUGAAGAAGGGCGUUGUCGGCGACAGGGGUGAAUGGUGUCUUGGAAAGGUUGAGGAGGCACUUGGCUUUGCAGCUGGCAGGUUCUACGUCCAAAAGGCGUUUGGCGGCGACUCUAGGAAGAAGGCGGAGAGCGUCAUUACAAAUGUUAUUAGUGCCUUCAAGGACUCCCUUAAUGACGUCAAAUGGAUGGAUCACGAAUCUUCUAAAGCAGCAUACGAAAAGGCCACCGCAAUCCGCAUCAAAGUUGGAUAUCCCACUUCACCCAACACAACUUCAGAUGCAUCAAUUGCGGCGUAUUACGGCGCUGUUAAAAUUUCUAACGACGAAUUCUUCGAGAACAUGCUAUCUGCCCGUGCCGUAGAAAACUUCCGCGCGUGGCUUCAGCUAGGCAGACGACGCGACCUGGGUGCUUGGGAGAUGAUUCCAAGCGAAGUCAACGCAUACUUCAACCCACCUGAGAACUCUUUGGUUUUCCCAGCAGGAAUUUUGCAGCCUCCGUUCUUCGAGAAGGACUGGCCGUUGUAUAUGCAAUACGGCGCAUUUGGCUCCGUUGCCGCUCAUGAACUUACGCAUGCGUUCGAUUCUUCUGGUCGUCUCUAUAACCAGAAAGGCAAACUCGAAGAGUGGUGGACGAACAAGACUAGCGAGCAAUUCGAUGAGCGUGCGGCCUGCUACUCGAAACAAUACUCUGAGUACACCGUUGAGGACGGCAAGGGUGGCAAAGUGCAUCUUAAUGGAAAUCUCACUCUUGGAGAAAACCUUGCUGAUAGCGGUGUGAUCCAAGCGUAUCGUGCCUGGAAGUCUGCAUCCACUAGUGACUUGGAUUUCACUUUGCCCGGGCUGAAUUAUACACACGAACAACUGUUCUGGAUCUCAUUCGGAAGAAUCUGGGCAACCAAAGCCAAGCCCGCGUUUGCUGUACAACGCGCGAGGACAGAUCCUCAUUCGCCCGGUCAAUAUCGCGUUGAUGGCACUCUGUCCAAUAUCCCUGCGUUCGCAGAAGCAUUUGGCUGCAAGAAGGGUACCAAGAUGAACCCCGAGAAGCAAUGCACUCUUUGGCAGUAG